AGGUGUAAGAAUUGUAAAAAUUCCUUGGCGUGGAGGAAACCCAUCUAUUCUUGUCAAAGACAACAUUAUAUAUAGUAGUGGUUGAUUCUGUACAAAUAGAUUAAUCGAGGAGCUCUACACAUCUACUAUUAGUUUGUUCGCUUCGUUGUUUCAUUUUUUUGGAAUCUUUCUUUGAUCACACUUUGAUCUGUCCUAAGCGAAAAUGGCCGAGGGACGUAAGACGAAGAUGCAGACCUGGAUCGACUAUAGGGUUCGGGUCACGACAACAGACAGACGCGUUCUGGUCGGAAACUUUCUGGCAUUCGACAAGUAAGCAAGAUUCUGUUGGAUAUGCGACUUCUGGAUCAGCUGGAUAUUCGACUCCUGGAUAUUCGACUCCUGGAUAUUUUUUCAUCAAUGGAUAUUCGACUCCUGGAUAUACGACUCCUGGAUAUACGACUCCUUGGAGAUUCUUCAGCUGGAUAUUUUUUCAUCAAUCUUCAGCUUCAGAUAUUGGAAGAUGUUCUAUUUCUAGAGGACGAACCUGAAGAUGUAGGUGUAGAUUUAGAAGAAGCACAAGCACUUUUCCAACGCCAACAUCUUGUUCUUUAGAUAUGAUAUUGGAAUAUUGAAAUACUUAGAUAGGUUAACUAAUUGAUUGAAAGGGCGGUGGCAUAUAGUCCUAACGCAAAAAAAAAAAAGGUCGCGAAUGUUCUUGACCAAAUCAGCAGGGGCACACACAUGACAAACAAAAACCAUUUUUUUCAGGUACAUGAAUAUGGUCUUGGGUGAUUGACAAACAAAAACCAUUUUUUUCAGGUACAUGAAUAUGGUCUUGGGUGAUUGACAAACAAAAACCAUUUUUUUUAGGUACAUGAAUAUGGUCUUGGGCGAUUGCGAGGAAUUCAGAAAAUUGAAGGCAAAAGGAAGCUCGACAGAGGAGAGGGAAGUGAAGCGAGUUAUCGGCCUUAUCAUAUUGCGAGGAGACUGCGUACUUAUAGUUAUACUCCUUAGAUUUUGAAUUUUGAUGAAGAUGAUGAUGUGCUUGUGCUUGUCGCUGAGAAGAUGAUUGAGAAGUAAUAAAUAGUAACUUUUUUUGUUUUUGUUCUACAACUUUCAUUUUCCUUUUGCCCUAGACUUUUCAUGUUCUUGUUACUGUGCGAGGAUGAAGAUCUCGCUUUUCACUUUUCUCAUCUCUCAGGAGGAUACCUUUUUCCCAUCAAAUCAUAGGUUCAAAGCAUGACAGCAGAAGCGCCACCUGCAUAUGCGGCUAAGACGCAGAUGCAGGGUGGACCAGGUAAAGCAGCACCAGCUGGUCGUGGAGCGGGGUCAGCAGUGCAGCAGCGCGGCGCUGGUCUCACAGGACCGGUUCGCGGCGUCGGUGGUCCCGCAGCGGCCCAAAUGGCUCCUCGCGGCGCCAACAGACCGCCGGGAAUGCCGGCAUAGGUGACCCGGAGAGGAUAAGAGGAUAAAUAUUGCUGCGACGAGGAGAGACGGCGAUCGGGAGACCGUGGAGAUGACCCUCUUCGCUGCUACAUCUCUUGUUUAGGUAUUCGAAAACUCAAAAUAAGCGAGUUACUGACUGAAAUAAGAGGGUCUUGACUAGUACACUCCUCUUCUUUCAGUAUCUCCCUUAUUUUCAAUAGGUUCUCGGUUAUUUCAGUUUAUCGAAAAGUAUCGCAGUUUCGUGCAUCUCACCAAACCUAAGGAGUAAUCAACUUAUCAAGAGGUGGUUCUCGCGGCAUCCAUUGUUAACGCAUUAGCAUAUGUCUGUAUCAUAAAUCAUCAUCGCAGAAAGGGAGAGCUAUAUCAACUUGUUGAUACAACGUGCUGUUUCACCAAGAACAUGAUUAUGCCAUGAUUUGAAUGAUCACUAGUACUGCUGUCCCCACUAUAAUCCGGGCCCCACCGGUUUUCGCUCACGUCUCUUCGUGGUAAAAAAAUGCAAAUUUUUACCUCCGACAAAGAGGAGGAUGAAUUCGGACCUCCCUUAUUUUUCGAC